UGCAUAUCUCAGCUAUGCAGUGAAUAAUAUCUGACUCAUCAUAUACUCAGCAUAAUCCAGCAGUUCAUAAUUCACAUUUUCACUAUACUUAUCCCUCCUAUCAACUCCAUUCAUACAUACUACCUAUCUAUACCCUAUAUAAUGAUUGAUAUAAAAUGAUCACCCUCAACACAAUCCUCUCCUCCCUCUUCUACCUCCUCCCCCUCUACCUCUUCGUCCUCGCCCCCCUCCUCCGCCAAUACUUCCCAUCCGACGACGCCUCCAACACAACCACAACCAACAUCCCCUUCGACCCCUUCAACAACUCUCCCCUCAUUCCCUCGCCUUCCGAGUUCGAGAGCAACCCAGACGCAUACGACCUCCCAUACCUCGACCCAGACUUCCUCUCCCCGGACGACCCCUCCUCCCCAUCCUACUCCCCCUCCGAAGAACCCCUCACCUGCCCACAAGACACCUACAAAACGCACAUCCUCUCCCGCACGCCCCUAAUAAUCUACAUCGAGAACUUCCUCUCCGGCCCCGAAACCACCUCCCUCCUCUCCCUCACCACCCCCCAAUCCCCCUCCACCAACCAAUCCACAAACCACGGCUACACCCCCUCCAUAAUCUACGACGGCACCUCCCAACGCAUCGACCCCACCCGCCGCCUCUCCGACCGCGCCCUCCUCCCCGCCCACAGCACCCCCGUCCGGUGUCUCAACCGCCGCGCCGCCUCCUUCCAAGGCUGGCGUCCCUACCUGCACAUCGAGCCGCUCUGGGCCCAGCGCUAUAACGUCUCGGGCCACUACACGCACCACUACGAUUGGGCGGGGUCCGCCGCGAGGGGAGGCGACCGCGCGACUACGUUUAUGGUGUAUUUGGAUGAUGGGUGUAAGGGGGGCGGGACGAAUUUUCCGAGACUGGUGAGGCCCGUUGCGAGGGAGUGGUGUCGGUUUAUUGAGUGCCCUGUGGACUCGGAUGGGGAGGGAGAGGGGAUGGGAGGGAUCACGUUCAAGCCGAUUGCGGGGAAUGCGGUGUUUUGGGAGAAUUUGAGGCCCGAUGGCAGUGGGUAUCCGGAGACUUGGCAUGCUGCGUUGCCGGUGACGGAGGGGGUGAAGGUUGGGUUGAAUAUUUGGAGUUGGUAUCAGCCGCCUAGGAGGAGGGUGUGAUCUUGUUGUUUUUUUGGGUGUAUAAUACUUAUGUAUAUUGAGAGAGAGAGAGAGAGAGACUGA